AUGAGCACGCAACCGUCUUCGGCCAGUAUUGCUCGGCUGACCAAGAGGAUACCGAAGGGGACAUGGGACACCCACAUGCAUGUCGUUGAUCCACGCGUCUUCCCUUUGGACAAGUCGGCCUCUUAUCAAGCCUCGCCACAUACACUCAACGAUGCUUAUAACUUCCUCGAUCAACUCGGCAUUGAGAAGAUGGUCAUUGUUCAGCCUUCUAUCUACGGCAACGACAAUAGCUGCACACUCGACGGCCUGCGGAGACUGGGGCCCGAGCAUGGUCGAGCCGUGAUCCAAUUCGAUCCUGAUAACACUUCACGGAAGCAGUUGCGGGAGUGGCAUAACCUGGGUGUACGCGGAGUCAGACUCAACUUCAAGUCGGUCGGUGGCGAGAUCGAAGAGGGUCGUUUACGGGAGUCGAUGAUGAAGUAUGCCGCCGCUGUGUUCGGGUACAACUGGGCACUCGAGCUGUACAUUGCGCUGGAGGAUAUACCAAUCUUGGAGCGAGUCAUGCCCAGCUUACCCGGCAUGAAGAUAUGUAUCGACCAUUUCGGACAUCCUACCGCUGCAUCGCUGGAGAAAGCGAAGCAGGCUUCAGACAUCCCCGGCUUCGAUGCACUAGCCCGUCUGCUUCAACAAGGGCAGACGUGGAUCAAGAUCUCCGCCUCCUACCGCUUAAGUAAGGACCCCAAGAACGCCCUUGUCAACGAUCUAAAUCGACAGAUCCUGCGCCUCAGACCAGAUCGCUGUGUCUUCGCGACGGACUGGCCACAUACACGAUAUGAUGGACUCGAUGUUGGCCCUUACCUUGAAGCAAUACUGGAUGGAAUCGAGGCGACCGAGGGCGCCUCUUUGAAGCAAGUGUUGGUAGACAAUGCAGAAGAGCUUUUCGAUGCCAGAAACUCCGGGUCAAGUCCGACCGAUAUGCGCAACAAUUUCGCUCACCUUGCGCAUACUCUCCAGAUCCUACCAUGA